CAGUUUUGUUCUUCGCCUUGGUGAGACAUUUUAUGUAUCCGUAAGCGUGUAAGCGCCGCUGGUAGGGAGAGGGACGCAGGACGCAGAAUUCACGCUGUAGAAAUGUCCAAGUACGACACUUUGAGAGUACCUAAUUCGAUGAGUAGCGUCGCUGCGCUGUCCAAAUUUUGUAUGGCUACUUGGCUGCUAGACUACUAGGCUACUACGAUAGCGAUCGCAUCAUUCAAAAUGUACUCGUAUUUGAAGAUCGAAGAUCGACGACCCAACCGCAGAACCGCAGCCAGCAGCCAGCAGCAGCCGUUCCGUUCGCUCCCAGCUGUUUGUUUGCCCGCGGAGCAGCCCAAAUUACCGAUCACCGCGACCACCAACCACCGACCAGGCGACCAAGACUUGAACGACGCUGACGCUCGCAGUCGCAGUCGCAGUCGCAGUUGCAGCCAUCAACACUUACACCUUGGACACCCAUACACUCUACUCGUCAGCGUAUUCUCCAGUUGUCCAGUUGUCGUUCUGUUUUCAAUCGCCAUACAUCGUUGACCAUCGCUUACGCUACGAUUUGAUAUUUUUCCUUCAACAUGUUUAAGGUGUGGCUGUGUUUUGUGCUGGUAAAUGGGCUAGCUUACGUUUCGGCGCUACACAAUUUUCUACCUAGCGAAGUAGUCAAGAAAAACGUGUACACGAAUUUUGUUCCACCUUCGGCUGAACGAUUUUUCGCGCCCGUGGCGGCGGCCGCCUCUGUGCCGUCGACCAAGGCGGCCGUAGCGCCGCAGCUACUUCCGGCUGCCGCCAACUCGCCGUACCUCUCUCCGUACGCUUCUCCAUACGCGUACCAACACCCAGCGGCGGCGCAAUACUCGCCUUACGCCUUCAAACAGUACCCGUACUAUCCCGGCGGCGUUUUUUAUCCACCGCAGCAAUUCGUAUACCCAGGUGCUGUUGGACCGUCACCGGUGGUUUACGUACCAAGGUAUCCUGUUCCAGCUGAAUCUGGAAGCGAACAAGGAGGUUCGUCUGGUGGUCAAGGAGGAUGGGGCAGUUACUUUCCUUCUAACUGGCAAUCGUGGGGCUCUAAUUGGGGUUCCUAUUUUCCCAAUUGGGGUUCCGGAUCGUCGGAAGGUGCCGAAGGAGGCAGCACUCCCGUAACGCCUGCCGAAGGUGCAUCGUCGCAAGGAGCAGCCGCUCCAGCUUCGUCCGGCUCCACCAAUAGAGGAAAGCCGGAAAAACUCGAGUCUGCCGAACCUGCACCGACUUCGGCUCCGGCUCAGGCUCCAGCGCUUGCGCCAUUUCAAGAUACCGGCAAAUUGGACGCCGACAAAAACUCGGUCACCGUCGAAUUACCCGAACAGCAGUACGUUCUGUUAGGACAACCUCAAUUUUUCGGCCAUUUCGCCGCAUUUCCCGCCGACAGAGAUCCGACUUCGUUGAAUGGCGCUGCUAAAGGCGCCGUGUCCAGUUUCCUAUUUUACAAGGAUCAAGCGCAACAGGUUGCACCCCAGCGACUCAACGAUCUCUCCAACGUUCCUGGAAGCGCGUCUCUGGCUUACCAACGUUUCUUACUACUCUCUAAACAACGUUCCGAAGAUGGUCCCAAACCAGCCAACAAAUCAGAAACGCAAACGCCUUCUUCGACGCCCGAAGCGUUGCCCGGCGCUCAAAAAGAAAUUUCCCAAUCCAAUUCCAACUCGACUACCACCGCAAAUGCCAACGCCAACGCCGCUGCUUCUGCUUCUGCUGCCGAUGCCGAUGCCGCAGCCGCAUCCGUCGAAACGUCGCCUGCCAAAGCCUCAGAAGAUGUCCAGGGCCAGGCGACGCAGACGCAGACGCGGGCGCAGUCGCAGGCGACGGGUGAAAUCGCUCAAGUGACGCCGAAUGCGGUCGCCUACGCCGGAAUCGGUGGCGUCGCCGGAGCGGCGCCCGUCGGCACCGCCUACAUCGCCAACAGCGGGUUAGCUUCUUCGGCUCCUCGGGCAACCGCCAUCGCCGGAACUUCCAACCAGUCUCCGGAUUUCGCGGUCGUACCAGCCAAAGCCAAAACCAUUUCCAUCGCUCGUUACACUCCGCAACGUAAAUAUCACAUCGAUACUAUACCGUCCUCCAGCCUUAGGUAAUUUAGCCUUUCCCUUUACCUUAAGCCAGCGACUACGCCAUUUUUGCAUUUUUUUCAUUUCCAACGACGAGUAACUUUAGCUCGAGUAGGUACAUGCUUCCAAAUGGCCAAUUGGCCAUUAGUAAAUAAAGACGUACCGACGCGACACGACGUGCCUACUAGACUGUGUGCCAUUAAGCCAUUAUAUGUACUCGUAUGUAGUAUGUAGAUGUACUUCUACUUACAAUUCAACUAGCUUAAUUUUUGUACUUAGAAUCGAUCAGAUUGUAUUCUUUUAUCAUAAUAAGUUGCGCCCGACGAUGCGAUCUACUUUUGAUCCAAGAGCGCCUAAAUAAAUAUUCUGUGAUACGUUUACAAUUA